UCAGUCGCUAGCUUACCUCCAGCAAGGAAAGUCCCUGAACCCGUACCGAAAUAUUUGCAGAGAUACCAUGAACGGGAGUCACCUUCAAACGGAUCAGCUGCUCUUCGAGGAGAGGGCACUCCAUGGGCCGCCCCUCUCGGAACUGAAAAGAGUCAUACAGGGUGCUCUGGAUGAGAACUUUCGGACCGUAGAUGUCAGUGUGGUAGCUUGUCCGGAUUUAAGGGACUCCCAGUUUGGCCUUGUGGAGAGUGGACUGAGAGGAAAGGCCACUCUUCUGGAAGCAGGAGGCCCACCCUACUUGCGGCCUUUGGUGCAGCGAGAUAAGCUCUACAAUCUGAAGGAGAUCACACGGCGGGCCCAAGGAGCAGGAAAGAUCUUUGCAGUUGGACCGGGAGCAGGUCCCUGGCCCAUUCGCCACUCCAAUUGCGAGGGCAUCUUUAAUUUCUCGCUAAGCGAAACGGAUGAACUCACCCAAGGAAGCUACACGGCCACUGUGAGGGGAGCGAAUGAGGACUGUGUUCUCGAAAGGAUUCCCGAAACCGAAUCCCGUGCUGCUCUGAUCCUAAACCUCUUCCUUAGCGAGGGAAAACCUGGUGAAGUGCUCCGAAUUUCCGCAAAACAGCGAACUGGAGGGGAAAACUUUGUGGAAUGCAUUCGCAAGGGUCUGGAACGGCACUACGGAGACCAGGUGGUGGGCUUGGGAGGAAUCUUUGUGGUCAGGAGGGGCUGUGUCCACCAGCACGUAAUGCGGGAUUUCAGCAAGACGCCCAUCCACACCCAGGAACAGAUCCAAAACUGGUUGAAGUUUUACGAAAUGCCCGCCCAGCUCAACGCAGUGGGCACCUUGGUGACCAAGGACAUGGGAGUGGACCUCCGCCUGCAGCACUUCCACUCGUUUUCCUUUGCCAACUGGGGAGGCCACUACCACUACGACACCACGCCGGACACAGUGGAGUACGAGGCCUAUCUGAACGUGGCCGAAAGAGUGAUCCGGGUGGACAGACCCGUGACGACCGAUCAGUUGGGCAGAGACUGAUUCAUCCAUCUGCUCAGCGUUCCUGCCAAAAAUAAACGUCUUCG